UGCCACAGAGAAACAACCGCACGCAUCCACGCACGCACACACCGUGGGCGACACUUCAGAUCGCCUGUUGGGGGUUUAUUGGGAGGGACUGAAGUUCAAGAACAUUUCGCUCCGAUCCUCGCCGUCCUGCUCCUCUUCCACGGUUGUUGUUUUUUUUUUUCAGAGCCGCGGCAGGGAGAGGAGACCACCACAGCUCCAGGUUGUUGCUGAGUUGCGACCAGGCGAGAAGCCCUCGUAGAUUCAACGGGAGACCGAGGAUUUUUGGACAGCUGCUGUGUGAAAGUCUGCGCUUUCCCCGAAGCCCAGAUCAGAAGUGGGGAGGGAUUCCUGUCGCCCUUGACGACGUCAUGGCUGUAAAAUUCAGGACCUUCUGUGGCGUGACAAAGUAUUUCUAAUAGCAGCACCGAGUGAGACCGAGGCUUGUGCGAUGAGCGCAGUUUGCCAGGUGCCCGCGGUGUCCCCUCUGCGCCUGUGAGGAACAACCAUGGCUCUGAUCCUCCUCCCGCUGCUUCUGCAAACGGGGCUCGUUCUGGGAUCAAACUACGGAUACGUGGAGUGGUCGGAUAACGACAGAGACGACAAGCAGCCGCCCGUGUUCAGCACGCAGAGCGUUAACAAGGAGCCGCCCCGCCAACCCACUUUGCACCCGCUACAGCCGACGGAGCGCGCGGUGGUGGCGCACAAAAUAGAGGAGGACCUCCCCAGGGUGGUGACGGCUUUCCUGCACACCGGGGACUCCUCCGCGCUGAGGCAGGUCAACUGCUCCCGCAGGUAUGAGCUGAGCAGCCUGCGCGGCGGCCUCCACGUCGCCUCCCACUACUCCCUGCACAGCGUCCUGGACACGGUGGCGCACGCCACCAACUUCCUCAACAUGAUCCUGCAAACCAACAGGUCCCGCGAGCUGCCCUUCCGCGGGGACAUCCACUGGUACCACGCGCUGGUUCAGAGCAUCCUGGAGGGGGACCCGAAAAUCCACAGGGCGGUGGUGACCCUGCACACCGACGCCCCGACCCCCGGCCCCCACGUUUUCCUCCAGGCGACCAGGACCGAAAACGAGGUGGUGUUGCAGGACCUGUCCGGGUCAGCCCGCCGCCACCUGAAGAACAGAACCCCGGAGUCCGAUUGGUUCCACGACUUCAGGGACGGGAGGAGACCACAGGCGCACAGAGGCGCCCCCGAGGGCUCGGGCUCCAGCAGUGGGAGUUACCUUCUGAACAAGAACCAGAUCAAAUGGUCCGCACCGUACCUGGAGUGUGAACACGGGGCGUUCGUGCCAUACUGGCUGCUCACCUUGUCCGCUGGGUUUUAUGGUCUGAAGAGCAACUCUGCGCCAGAAUUCAGGGGGGUUGUUCGUGUGGACGUGAACCUGCAGGACGUGGACAUUGACCAGUGCUCCAACAGUGGCUGGUUUGCUGGGACUCAUCGCUGUAAUCUCACCAGUAUGGAGUGCACUCCCAUCGAGGGCCACGGAUUUGUCCUGGACAAAUACAAGUGCCAGUGCAGGAAAGGAUUUUACCAUCCGAACCGAGUGGCGCUCAAUGGCUUUAAAAACAGGGAGCAGAGCUCUCACAGAGACGAGACGUCAGACAUGUCCAACAAGUGCUUGCCGUGCAGGGAGGGCUGCCCGUACUGCCAGGACGACACGCCCUGCCUGGCGCAGGAGGACGGGGGUCUGCGGCUCGCCGUGGCCUCCUUCCAGGGUCUGUGCGUGAUGCUGGACCUGGGGAGCAUGCUCGUGGUUUACCACUUCAGGAGAAACAAGAGCAUCCGAACAUCUGGUCUCAUUCUGCUGGAAGCCAUCUUGUUUGGGGCAUUACUGCUGUACUUCCCAGUGAUGAUCCUGUACUUCAACCCCAGUGUGUUCCGAUGCAUCCUCCUGAGGUGGGUCCGUCUCCUGGGCUUCGCCAUCGUGUACGGCACCAUCAUCCUCAAGCUGUACAGGGUGCUGAAGGUGUUCCUGUCCCGCACGGCCCAGAGGACGCCGUACAUGACCAGCUGGCGUGUCCUGCGGCUGCUGGCGGUGAUUCUCCUCAUCGUGCUGUGGUUCCUGGUGGCUUGGACCUCCGCUGUGUGCCAGAGCCCGGCGCUGAGUCAGAGUCUCAUCGUCGUGGGCUUCACCCCCGAGGGACUGCAGUUCAGCAUGUGCCUGCUGGACCGCUGGGACUACAUGAUGGCAGUGGCUGAGUUCCUCUUCCUGCUGUGGGGAGUGUACCUGUGCUACGCCGUCCGCAGCAUCCCCUCGGCCUUCCACGAGCCGCGCUACAUCGCUGCGGCCAUCUACAACGAGCUCCUCAUAUCGGCCAUCUUCCACAUCAUCAGGUUCUCUCUGGCUCCUGGGCUGCACCCUGACUGGAUGCUCACCAUGUUCUUCGCUCACACUCAUCUGACUGUGACUGUGACUCUGGGGCUGCUGCUUGUUCCAAAGUUCCUGAUCAAAGCUACUCAGGCCCGAGACGAUAUUGCCACUGAGGCCUAUGAGGAGGAGCUGGACAUGGGAAGAUCUGGCUCUUAUAUCAACAGCAGCAUCACGUCUGCCUGGAGCGAGCACAGCUUGGACCCAGAGGAUAUACGGGAAGAGCUGAAGAAGCUGUAUGCCCAGCUGGAGGUCCACAAAAGGAAGAAGAUGCUCGCCAACAACCCUCACCUUCAAAAGAAGCGCAACUCAAAGAAGGGCCUGGGUCGCACCCUGAUGAAGCGGAUAACGGAGAUCCCGGAGACCAUGCACCUCCACCGCCAGUGCAGCCGGGACGACGGCAGCGAGCACGGCAGCCUCCGCGGAACACUGAGGAGAAACCAGCUGGAGGCGAGCUUUCAAGGAAAACCUCGAGACGACUCCCUGAAAAACAAGGUCAUGGGGCUGACGAAGUCACUCAGCUUUGACCAUGCCUGUGAGCAGGAUGCAGAAACCACGAGUCAAACAGGAUCGGUUCCAGGAGACAAAAUGACACCAGUCGGAAGCGGUGGAGAGGGAUCUCUCCUAGGUUUCCUCAUUGGUCGCAGACACACCAAGAAGCAGCUGGAACCAGCCGGGACUCUGCCGAGGCUGGAGCCGGCCGAGUCCACCGAGUCGGUUCCGCUCUUCUGGAAGUCGGCCAGCGCUCACAACCUCACUCACGAGAAGAGACCCAUCCACCUGCGGACCUCCAUCAUGCAGAAGUCUCUGAGCGUGAUUACAAAUGCCAAGGAGAAGAUGCCGGGGCUUUCCAACAAGACUCAAAGUGUGGAAGACGCCAGUAAGAGGGGUCAGAAAGGACCGGAGGAGAGAACUCUGUCAGAGGUGGAUGAGACGCCCGAACAUUUCCCCAAAAUGAUCAUUAGCCAGUCGGUGGAGUACUCCAAGACUCCCAUGAAGAUGGGAAUAAUGAAGCAGCAGGUGAGUGGCAGCCAGCCAUCCAUUUGCUCCGAGACAGGAAGGAGCCUUUACGACGUCUCCGAGGUUUGUCCCUGGGAGCUGGAUGAAGCUCAGACUCCCUCUGAGGCAAAGGCCCAGAAGCAUGUGUCCAUUGCUCCUGCAGAGCCCGGCGCGGGCCGGAGAGGGAGCAGCAGCAGCUCGGGAACCGCCAAAGGCAGUCGGUCUCAGCAGAAGGAGAAACCUGGGCAGUCCCCGUCCAACAAACGGCGCUCCAAGGAUAAAGGAGGAGAUAGGGAGGAAGGAAGGGAGGUGAGGAAAUAUCGGCCACCCAAAUCUCCUCUCCCUCUCAAGCCGAACGUGUGCCCCUGGGACUUCGAUGAGCAACCCAUGGUGGGAGGAGAUUCUGACUCCAUCUCCCCCGAGAGGAUCAGGAGGAAGAAAAGCGUCACACCGACUGAUGGGAAACCUAAAGGGCUCCACUCGGACCACUCCAAGUCCACAGGGAGCCUCCUACAGCCCCCGUCCCUGAUGGUGGAAAUCUGCCCGUGGGAAUACGGAGGCCCACCUUCCCCCAAGCAGGAGAAGACGUGCAACAGCCCCACCACGCACAGCAAGAAACGAAAGGGCUCCUCCUCCUCCAAUCACAAAUCCGAGAAGGACCGAGCGAGGGAGAAAAGCAGGGAACGGCGGAGCUCGUCCAGCAAGCCCCCGUCAGAGAGGAGACGGGUCAGCCAGUCGUCGGAGGGCGGGGGGCCGCUUUCGGAGCGGCGGCGGAGCUCGACCAGAGACGCUGAGGUGUUCUCCCGCGACACCGAGUCCUCGCACACACACAGCGGCCUGGCUCAGACUAAAAAAUCCCCUGAGAAGAAGAAAGAGAAGUCUUUGCGCAGUGGUUACAAACCUGCCGUUCUAAGCGCCGCAAAAAGGGUGGAUGUUUGCCCCUGGGACUUCCCAGAGAAGGACUCAGGGGAGAGGGCAUGAUGACUGCUGGGAUUAUUUUGAUCUUUUUGUACUCGCUGACUGAGAGCUCAGAGAACAAAGGGAUGCUAAAAAUAUACCAGUGGUUUCGGUAAAAAGGUUGUUUUUUUUUUCUUCGUGUCAGCCAAGUGAAAGGGGUUUUCGUGCGGCCUUUAUUCCUGCUGUCCAGUUAGACCUAUUUACACAGCUCUGAACGCAACCGUAUCACUUUAAAAAGAGUUAUCUACACACCUGCUUGCACAUCAGUCAGAGUAUGUCUGUUUCAUCACCUGUAAUACAGCUCGAAGACUUGAAGACAAUCGGCCGACUACAGAACCCGCUGAGUUCUCAGCCUGAGCUCACCACAUGUUGGAAACAUAGGGGAAAGACUUCAGGAGAAAGGAGACUAUGGGCUCAGGGGCUCACAGGAGCAAAGCAGCAGACACAGCUGCAAUUCCUUGUCUCUGAGCCAAAUGCAUAAUUGAUGGUAUGACAACAGUCUGUUGGAUCAACCGAUCGUGGGAAUAACAAAGGGUUGCAGCACAGCUAAACGAGGAAUACUGUGUGUUUAAAGCUUCCCCGUUUACAGUGCCUCGCAAAAGUAGUCAUGUCACUAAAACUUAUUCCCGUUUCUGCACGUUACAACCACAAACUGGUGCACUUGUAUCAAGCCCCCUUCUUUUCCAAUAAAUAGAACCCUGUGCCAUUUGCCUUCAGAAGUCAGCGUAUUGCUAUGUAGAGUUGGUAUCUGUCUAAUUCAGCCUCUGUGCGGAUUAAAUACAACAAUUCUGUUAAGGCUUCAAAGAUUUGCUAAUUCAAUUUAUUUCAUUUAUACGAUACAUUUUGACUCAAGGCAAUUUACACAAGACAAACAGAUCCAGUGCCACCACAGAAAUAUACAUCCAACUCAAUCCAGUCAUCCCAACUAACAGUUGAUUGCAUGGCACCAACGUGAUCCCGGUUAUAAAACACUGCAGUCAAAUUUAGUUUAUCAUUCAAUAUGGGGGAUUGCUGAGUGUGCAGCAAUCCCCCAUAUUAAGCAGGCAUGUGGCAAGAGUGGAAAGGAAAACUCCCUUUUGACAGAAAGAACCCUCCUCCAGAUGCAGGCUCAGUGUGGGUUGGCAAUCUGCCACGACUGAGUGGAGACAGAGCAGAGACACACAAACAAACACAGAAGCCCUGAUCCAGGAGCAAAGAGAAAAUCGUGCAUUCUUACAAAACAGAUAUGAUAGCAGCAGCUAUGUGUGUGUCCUCCUGCACUGCCAUGUUUUUGUUGGUUCGGCUGUGGGUUCGUCAGCUACUUAAAUCACAAUACUGCAACGUGAUUGGCCAACACCGUUUCUGGUUCGGACACAAACGGUUGAAGCCGGUUAUGCGGUACGAGAUGAAUUCUCGUGUGUUUGUGAACGCACAAAUACUGCGAGAAUUCAUCUUGCAGGCAAGGUUAGUUCCUGUCUAGCUAGCUGUGUUUUAUGAUCUUCGUAGUCCUGUUAGAUUCUUAUUUUAUGCUGGCCUUUCCUUAGUUUAGUUUCUGUUUUGUUAUUUAUGUUAUUGGUUAUUUCUGUAGUUGUGUUAUCUGUUCUGUCUUUAUUACUUAGAUGCUUUCCCCCAUGUCAGAGCCAUUCUCUCUACCCUGUUAGGGUCUGUUCAUUCCCUGCACCUGCCAGCUCAUUGUCCCUCCUUUCCUUCAGCCUGAUUGCAUCCCCCAGUUCACCUCUGCCUCAUUAUCCACCUGCUGUUUCCCUCCAUCACAUCCCCUUUAAGUUCAGCUCUUUCUGUCAGGCACUUUCUUUAGAUUUGAUCAUACUGGGUUAAACAAAACAUUGUUUGUACAAGGAAAAAGUAAAAAAGAUGAAUGUUCAGAAUGUAAAAUAACAGAAUGUGUAGAGCAUAUAUUACUGCAUUGAUGCGUAUGAAGAAAGGAUAAGAUUAAAACAAAAGACAAGACAGACAGGAAGGGAACGAAAUCUUAAAGGCUUAAUAGGAUCAACAGCUGAUGGGAUAAAGGAAACACAGAAAGCUUGUAGGUGGCGGUAUGCACCUAAAAGUCACGGUUGCAAUCUGCCAUUAAAUAAUAAUAAUAAUAAUAAGAAAAAGAUG